AGACCUCUGACACUGACGUAGAUGAUGUUCAUCAGAGCCAGAGCCUAGAAACUCUCCAUCACCACAUUCUCUUUGGAGAAUGUUAAUUUCUAAAAUACUUGCCUGAGACAGACCACAGUGGACGCUCAAACUAACUGACCUGUGGGGAAAUAGGCUAUUAGCAUGAUGUAUUGGCCCAGCCAGGACAGCCUGGCCCGACAAGCACGGCACAGAUCAGAGCCUUAUUUGUCCAGAGACAGGACUAAGCAGGUGUUUAAGCUGAGUGCUUCGGCCUUGGCUCAUCCACCAAAAAGGAACCAAGAAAGCAGAGGAGGCCGAGCUGUCGAGAGCCUACUGAGAGGGGAGCAGUGUAUGGAUUAGGAACAUCAUCAGAGGCAGUUGAACCUGGGGUGCAGACUAAAUCUGUGAAAAAACAAAGACUUUGCUGUAACAAGCACGCAUCAGCAACACCUUAACAUCAUCAUCAUGGCAACAGAGCUCCUUCAGGCCACUGGGGGCAGAAUGGAGCAGAUGGAACAGCAUAUGGGUCAGGUGAGGCAGAUGUCAGAUAUGCAAAUGUCCUCCUCAUCCACCUCCUCCACCUUUACCUCCUCCAUGAGCUCCACCAAGCUGCGAAAAGUCUCUCAGGGCUUGUCGAGGACCAUGGAAGAGCACUCUGGGGUUCAGUGUAAAACCUCUGCUGUGGUGGAGUCCUGCAGCCAGGUGCAGAAAUCCCUUCACCUACCCAAGGGAGAGUCUGUCCCAGAUUUUGAGGAGAAGCUGCGCCCCAUCACGGCCCAAGAGGGUGACAAUGCUGUGUUUAAGGCCAAGGUGACGGGGAAUCCCCAGCCUAGUGUUAACUGGGAACGAGCCAGCGGGUGCCCACUGUCUGAUGCCACUAAAUCUUUCUAUGACAACAUAAACAAUCAGCACAUACUCAAGAUCAAAAACCUUACUCUGGAGGAUGCUGAUGUCUACAAGUGCAUUGCCUCCAACAAGCACGGAGAAAGUACCUACUCUAUAUCCCUCAUUGUUACAGAGAAUCCAGCGUUGGACUUCAAAAAGAUGCUGAAGAAACGCAGUGUGGAGAAGAGAGAGGAGAAGAGGCCACCUACAGAGGAGGAGAUGCUAAAGAUCCUUGCUGGAGCUGACAAGAAGGACUACGAGAGGAUCUGCGCCGAGCACGGCUUCACCGACUUCAGAGGCAUCCUCAAGAAGCUGAAGGAGAUGAAGAAGCAAGUGGAGGUGGAGAUGGUGCGUGUGCUGAAGCCCCUGGAGGACAUCACUGCCACAGCUGACACCAGCAUCGUCUUUGACACCAUCCUGGAACUGAAGGAUCCAAACAUCAGGAUGCAGUGGUUUCUGGGCGCAGAGCUGCUGCGGGUCCAGUACUCUCAUGGGAAAUACGAAGUGAAACAGAUGGGAACCAAGCACAUGCUGUGCAUUUCUAGCGUGAGCCUCAGUGACACGGGCACCUACACUCUGCAGGUUGGAGACAAGAGACUGUCAGCCAGGCUUACCGUCAUAGAUGAACCUCUGAAAUUCCUGUCUGACUUCAAGCCCAAGAAAGUGACAGAGCGCCAGACCGCCACGUUUGAGAUCCGUCUCUCUAAGAAGACAAAUACACCACUCAUCUGGAAGGUAAAAGGAAAGGAAGUAAAAAGAGAUGAAAAGUUCGACGUAUCCCUGUCUGAGGAUGGUCUGACCUACACCUUGAAGAUUAAGGAUGUGAAAGUCAGUGACACUGGAGACUACACCAUCAACAUCGGAGACCUCACUGCCACCGUGCCACUUUUCAUUGAACGGAUUCCCAUCAAGUUUACCAGCCACUUCAAGAACGUCCGUGUGCAGGAGAGAGGCAAGGCUCGCCUGGAGUGUGAGAUGAGCUCCAAGGACGUGCACAUUCGCUGGCUGAAAGACGGGUGUGAUAUCACAGCGAGUCGUCGCUACAUCUUCAUGCGCGAGGGAAAGAGGGCAGAGGUUAUCAUCGAGGAAUGUGAGCUGACAGACGAGGGAGAGUACUCUGUCAUCUGCACUCAGGACAAUGACGCUAACGAAUAUGUCACUUCUGCCAAUCUGACUGUGGAUGAGCGUUUUGCCUCAGUGAAGAGUAGUAUGUCAGAUGCUCAGUGUCCUACAGGCUCCCCUGCAGAGCUGUGCGUUGUUCUUGACGAUGAGAAGGUCGACGGAGUGUGGCUGAAAGAUGGAGUGGAGGUUUCGGAGCUAAGGGGGGUUCAGGUGGUCAAACAGGGAGCCGUUCACAAGCUGAUCUUCUCUGGUGUGACUGAUACCGAUGAGGGCAAGUACACCUUCAGAGCCAAGGGGGCUGAGAGCGAGGCUGUACUCACUAUUGCAGACCCUCCAGAAAUGGAUUCCUCUGUGCUGGACUUGUUGGGGGCCCGACCUGUGACUGUGAAGGCAGGCCAGACAGCCACCAUUAAGAUCCCCUUCAAAGGCAAACCGCCUCCCAAGAUCACCUGGUACAAAGACGGCGUGGAAGUCAUGGAGGAUGAGAGGAACAAGGUGGAGAGGACAGCUGACGGCACCUCGCUGGUGCUCAGCAGAUGUGUGCGAGAAGACAGUGGGGCAAUUAUGCUCCGUCUGAAGAGUGACUGUGGCACUGCUGUUGCCAACCUGCACCUCAAUGUGAUUGACCAUCCUAAGCCUCCACAAGGGAAAGUAGAGUUCCUCGAGCUAUCAGGAAAGAUUGUCAAAAUGAAGUGGAAGGCUCCGCGGGACAAUGGAGGUAAGCAAGUGACCAGCUUUGUGAUUGAACGUCGCACGGCAGGUAAGAAGUCGUGGACCAGGGUUGGUGGAGUAGAUAGCAGUACCAUCAUCUUCAGCGAUGACAAAGUGGAGGAGGGCCAGGCGUACCAGUAUCGCAUCAGGGCUGUCAACGCGGAGGGAAUGAGCGACCCUCUCGAGACAGAGGAGGUGCGCGCUGGAGAGCCCGUGGCCAUACAAAUGAUCAUGUCAUCACUUCUGUUUAAAUGCCCCUACCCAGAGCCUCCAGGCACAGCGUCCCAGCCCCAGGUGUCUAACAUAACCAAGGACUCCAUGACAGUGAGCUGGACACCUCCAGCCCACGACGGGGGAGCUCCAGUUCUGGGCUACAUCCUGGAGAGGAGGAAGAAGGGGAGUAACAUGUGGUUACAGGUCAACAAGGAGCUGCUCACAGAUACAAAAGUCAUGGUGGAAGGGCUGGUGGAUGAUGUGGAGUAUGAGUUCAGAGUCACCAGUGUAAACAGGGCUGGAGCAGGCAGUGCCAGCACCAUUUCUAAUGCUGUCCUGGCCAAAGACCCAACAAGAGCUCCUGGUCUGGUGAGGAACCUGUGUGUGUCUGAUUCCACAAACUCCUCCAUUUCUCUGAGGUGGACUCCUCCAGAGCAGGGAGACGAGCCCUCGGGUUACAUCCUAGAGGUUCGCCCUGAAGAUGCUAAAGAGUGGACGAAGGCCACCAAGAUCCCCAUCGCUGUUACUGCAUUCAAUGUUGGAGGACUUCAAGAGCAGAGGAAGUACCACUUCCGUAUCCGGGCUGUCAAUGAAGGAGGUGUAGGGGAGCCAAUUGAGCUGUUGGAGGGUGUACCGGCCAUGCCUCCACCUGUGUCACCUAGGUUUGAUCUCCAGGGGAAGCUGAAGAACCAGAUGGUGGUCCGAGCUGGAUCGGCACUUUGCAUUCACCUCAGCUUCACUGCUUCACCUACCCCAGUGGUAACCUGGUUCAAGGAUGACAUCAUCACUGCAGGACGGGAAGUCAUCACCAAGAGCCAGAAUCACUCCCAGUUCCUCAUUUCCACUUCUCAGCGAUCUGACUCUGGCAUCUACCGUGUACACCUGAAGAACGACAAUGGAGAGGCUCACUAUGAUGUCACUGUCAGGGUUACGGACUUUCCUCGACCCCCGAAGAACCUCGGCUUGGAAGAGGAGGUUCCGAGCACGGUGACCCUGCAGUGGGAUCACACCCCAGACCUGGCUGACGACGACGAGGGAGCACAUUACAUCAUCCUCAAACGGGACACCAGCACUGCCUCCUGGUUCACUGUGGCCGAGCGUGUCUUCAGCAACAAGUACACCGUCACGGGACUGCUUCCAGGGAGAAAGUACUACUUCCGAGUCAUUGCACACAACUCUAUUGGAGACAGUGAUCCUUUGGACUCAAAAGAACCUCUCAUCAUGGCCAAGGAGAAAGAGUGCAUCAGAAGCCUUCGUUUGAAGGUAUAUGACUCAAAGCCACGUCAGGUGAAACCGACGUUCCUGCUGCCACUGAAGGACCACGCUGUUCGCAGAGGCCAUGACUGCACCAUGAGCUGUGCCUAUCAGGGCAUGCCAACACCACAGGCCUGCUGGUAUAAGGGGGAAUCAAAGAUCUCGGACUCCCCUCGGUUUUGGCAUAGCACAGCCAACGGGGUGUGCACACUGGUCAUCCCCACCUGUGGAGCUAAAGAUAGCGGAGAAUACACAUUGGUGCUGGAGAACCCUCUGGGGACGGCCAAGUGCUCCUGCAACUUGGUGAUAUUUGAUAAGGAUGACAAUAGUCUGUUGGAGAGCCUGACCAAGCAGGCAAACAAAGAGAAGCUGAUUUUGUAAGAAGUCUGCUUCAACCGUCGCCAUGACAGAUGCACUUUGAUUGGCCACUGCCCUUAUGCUGCAUGUAUUGCCACCACUUACAAUGCUUUUAGCAGUGGUUAGAGAUUUAGGACAUUGGAAAUCUAUAAAGCAGAUUUUGGAUUGACUUGAAUUUUCUGACUUUUAUGUGUUUGUUUUGGCCCCAUCUUCUAACUUGCCUUUAGUCAAUUUCCCAGGCUCUGGGAAUGCAACACAUGGCCACUAGAUGUCAGGCUUGCUUCCUUCCUUGUGUAGGCAUUCUUCUCCAAGAGCUGAUGUUUGGGGUGUUGGAGGCAUUCUUACUCAUUAGUCAGCUCGCUCAGCCAGAGAGAUUGUCCUUUCUCACAAAUGCUUUUCUCUCUAUAAAAGGAAUUUGACUUUUA